AUUCGGGGAAUUUCGAUGGUUUACUUAAUGGGUAUGAGGAAAUGAAGGUACUGGGCGUGAAGCCAAAUGUGAUCAUUUAUACCACAUUAUUGGAUGCCAUGGGCUAGGCUGGGUGGCCGUGGAAAGUGAAGACUAUCUUUAAAGAGACGGGUAAGAAGGGGUUGGUGCCUGAGAGGGCAACAUGGCGCUGCUCUCCUGCAAUCCUAUUGCUAGGCUCGUUAUGCUGAGGAUGUGCUUAGUGUUUGUAGGCAGAUGAAGGAGGAAAGGAUGGAGAUGAAUGUGAUCUUGUAUAACAUGCUCUUGUGGAUGUGUGCUGAUAUUGGUUGUGUCGAUGAAGCAGCCAAGAUUUUUGCAGAGAUGAAGGGAUUGCCUGAUGAACGUAAGCCUGAUAGCUGGAGCUCUUCAGCUUUAAUCACUGCAUAUGCUUGUAGCAAAAAUGUUUCGGAGGUAGAAGGCUUGUUGAAUGAGAUGUUGGAAGCUGGAUAUUGGCCAGAUAUCUUUGUGCUUACUUCAAUCAUCCAGUGUUAUGGGAAAGCUAGACAGACGGGUGAUGUUGUGAGAACUUUUGACAAGCUAUUGAAAUUGGGCAUGACUCCAGAUGACCGGUUCUGUGGUUGUCUUCUGAAUGUGCUGACCCAGACGCCAACAGAAGAAUUAGGGAAGGUGAUUGAUUGUAUAGAGAGAGCUAAUGUCAAGUUGGGCUCCUUAGCGAAUCUGCUAGUGGAUGAAGGAGCUGGAAAUGGGACAGUCAAAAAAGAAGCUGAAGAGCUUUUUAGCAACAUCAUUAAUGAAGUGAAGAAGGCUUAUUGUAAUUGUUUGAUAGAUCCCUGUGUAAGCAUCAAUCGGUCCGAAAAAGCUUAUGUGCUUCUGGAUAUGGCACUUCAUCUGGAGAUAUAUACAGAUCUUCCAUCAAAAUCUCCCACACGGUGGUCUUUACACGUGAAGAGUCUCUCACCUGGAGCAGCUCUGACUGAUUUCAGUGUCUGGAUGAAUGAUUUGUCUAAGGCCUUAGAGAAUGGGGAGGAGUUGCCCCCACUGCUAGUUAUUCAUAUGGGGCAUGGGAAGCAUAAAUAUUCGGAUAAAGGCUUGGCACCUGUGUUAGAGUCACACUUGAGAGAAUUGAAUGCGCCAUUUCAUGAGGCACCAAAUACGGCUGGAUGGUUUCUGACCACAGAAGUUGCUGCUAAGUCAUGGUUGGAGUUGAGUAAUUCAUCUGAGCAGUUGCUGCUUAGGUUGUAUCAUUAGGAAAAAGAAUUGUGCCUGUAAGGAACAUUUUCCUCCAUGCAGAUGAAA